AUGUCCGAGAAGACAGGUGCAGAGAGCAGUGCUGGAGAAAAUCCAUUUCAUACAAGCUCUGUCAUACGUGGGUCACUGUCUAAAUCUUUGUUUUGCUCUAUUCAUUCUCUGAAGGAUAAUCCCCCCUCAGCAGAGGACUCCAGUCUGGAUGGCAGCAAACGCCUGAGCAAAAGCAAUAUCGACAUCUUGGAAAUCCUGGAGGAUGAGAAGCCAAGGCAGCCGUUGCCGAGGAAACAGAGUGACUCAUCCACCUAUGACUGUGAUACCAUAACCCAACACCACACUGUCCUGUCCAGCAUCCACUCAAGUGUGUUGAAAGACGGUGCAGACUUUCCUCCUGUGAAUUCCAGUCUCUCAGAAGUGAACCUAGGCCGAUUUGAAUUCGAGGUGUCCGAUUUCUUCCUCUUCGGAUCGCCGCUUGGUCUGGUGCUGGCCAUGAGGAGUACGGUUCUGCCUGGCCUGGACGUGUGCCAGGUCCGCCCAGCCUGCAGCCAAGUGUACAGUUUCUUUCACUCUGCUGACCCCUCUGCCUGCAGACUUGAACCAUUGCUGGAGAAAAGGUUCCAUCUCCUGCCUCCAUUCAGUGUCCCACGGUACCAGAGAUACCCACUGGGGGAUGGACGAUCUCACCAGUUAGGUGAUGCUAUCCACAGCCACAGUGCUCUGUUCCUUGAGAACAGCUCUUUGAACAUACCUUUCUCUCAGGAGAGUCCUGGAUCUCCAAACGUAUCUGAUCAACCACAAGGGAAAACAAGAAAGUUGAGCUUGGCCAGCACAAACAGUGAAAACUCAGGGUCAACCGAAAGCUUGCCAUCAGCAUACCCCACCAACAUUACUGCAAAGUGGUGGGGAACAAAGCGAAUAGAUUAUACCUUGUAUUGUCCAGAUGUGCUGACAGCCUUUCCAACUGUGGCCCUGCCGCAUCUCUUCCAUGCCAGCUACUGGGAAUCGACAGACGUUGUGGCCUUCAUUUUAAGACAGGUGAUGAGGUAUGAAAAUGUAAAUUUCAAGGAUAAUGACAACCUGGAUCCAGCAACACUAAGUCCAUCCAAUCCACGAGAAAAAUGGCUACGCAAAAGGACGCAUGUCAAACUGAGAAAUGUGACUGCUAAUCACCGAGCUAAUGAUGUCAUUGCAGCAGAAGACGGUCCUCAAGUACUAGUUGGGCGCUUUAUGUAUGGGCCUCUUGACAUGGUCGCUUUAACAGGUGAAAAGGUUGAUAUCUUCAUAAUGACUGAGCCCUCUUCGGGUAGGUGGGUGUACUUUGACACAGAGAUAUCCAACAGCAGUGGCCGGAUAUCCUACAACAUACCCACACAAAAGAGACUGAGAGUUGGUGUGUAUCCCAUCAAAAUGGUGGUCAGAGGGGACCAGAGCAGUGCUGCAAGUUACCUGACUGUGCUUCCCCGAGGAAUGGAAUGUGUUGUGUUCAGCAUUGAUGGUUCGUUUGCAGCAAGUGUUUCAAUUAUGGGAAGUGACCCCAAAGUCCGAGCUGGGGCCGUUGAUGUUGUCAGGCACUGGCAGGACCUGGGAUAUCUGAUUAUCUAUAUUACUGGCCGUCCAGAUAUGCAAAAACAGCGUGUAGUUUCAUGGUUGUCUCAACACAACUUCCCACAAGGGAUGAUCUUCUUCUCAGAUGGACUUGUUCAUGAUCCACUGCGACAAAAGACCAUUUUUCUUCGGAAUCUCAUGCAAGAGUGCCACAUCAAAAUCUGUGCUGCAUACGGUUCCAUGAAGGAUAUUUCUGUGUACAAUGUCUUGGCUCUGUCACCAUCCCAGAUCUACAUAGUUGGACGAUCAACAAAGAAAUACCAGGCACAGUGUCAAUUCCUCAGUGAAGGUUACGCAGCCCACUUGGCCUCACUGGAGUUCAGUCUCCAUUCACGACCCAAAAAGAACAACUCUCGGAUGAUCUUGAGAAAAGGCAGCUUUGGCCUCCACUCCCAACCUGAGUUUUUGCGCAAGAGAAACCAUCUCCGCAGGACUAUGUCUGUACAGCAACCUGACCCGCCUUCCUUGAACCCCAAGCCAGAGCGUGCCCAGAGCCAGCCCGAAUCAGACAAGGAUCACGACAGGCAUUUGCCCUCCAUUGCCUGGGUUCGAGGUGGAGUUCACAAAUUUGAAUCUGUCCCCUAGGAAGCUUGGGAAUAUAGAUCUUGGGUGCACCCCACUAAACUUGUAGGCAUGCCUCAGAGAUAGUAUUUAGGCAGCUUCAAACCAAGAGAUGUAGAGGGGAACCUGUACCUCAGAGUCUUCCCUGCUGUGGACUCUGCCUUCUUACACCAACUGGGGAACUUCCAGUCUAUUCCUCUUGACAUGUCUAUUGGGAAAUUUUAAAACAAUUAAAAAUUUUGCAAGUGCUUAUAACAUCAAAGCAACAGGAAA